AUGGAGCGCAAGAGGAAGCUUGAGCUCUACGACGCGAUGCCCGCGCAGCAGGGCGGCCAGGCGGCGCCCCAGGUGAACCCAUGGACGGGCCGACUGUACUCCCAGCGCUACCACGACAUUCUAGCCAAGAGGAUCGGCCUUCCCGUGUGGCAGGCGAAGGAGCAGUUCAUCAAGAUGGUCCAGGACCACCAGACGACGAUCCUGGUCGGCGAGACCGGUUCCGGCAAGACCACGCAGGUGCCGCAGUUCUGCGUGGACGCCGGGUUCACGGAGAAGGGCCUCGUGGCGUGCACGCAACCCCGCCGCGUGGCCGCCAUGUCCGUGUCGCAGCGCGUCGCCGACGAGAUGGACGUGCAGCUCGGCGAGCACGUCGGGUACAGCAUCCGCUUCGAGGAGCGCACCUCCCGCGAGACGCGCGUCAAGUUCCUGACCGACGGCAUGCUCCUGCGCGAGGCCAUGACCGACCCGCUCCUGGAACGCUACUCGUGCAUCAUCCUCGACGAGGCGCACGAGCGCACGCUCGCGACGGACAUCCUGUUCGGCCUGAUCAAGGAGGUGCUCAAGUCGCGGCCCGACCUGAAGCUCGUGGUCAUGUCGGCGACGCUCGAGGCGGAGAAGUUCCAGGGCUACUUCGAGGACGCGCCGCUCAUGAAGGUGCCCGGGCGGCUGCACCCCGUGGAGGUGUUCUACACGCAGGAGCCCGAGCGGGACUACCUGGAGGCGGCGAUCCGCACGGUGGUGCAGAUCCACCAGUUCGAGGGGCCCGGGGACGUGCUGGUGUUUCUGACGGGCGAGGACGAGAUCGAGGAGGCGUGCCGGAAGAUCCGCGACGAGUGCCGGAGCAUGCAGGACCGCACGGGGCCCGUCGACGUCUACCCGCUCUACUCGAGCCUCCCGCCGUCGAGUCAACAGAAGAUCUUCAACGCCGCGCCGAAGAGCGACGACGAGAAGCGGCCGGGGCGGAAAAUCGUCGUGUCGACCAACAUCGCGGAGACGAGUCUCACCAUCGACGGCAUCGUCUACGUCGUGGACCCGGGCUUCGCGAAGCAAAAGGUGUACAACCCGCGCGCCCGCGUGGAGUCCCUCCUGGUCUCGCCCAUCUCGCGGGCGAGCGCGCACCAGCGCGCGGGCCGCGCGGGGCGCACGCGGCCGGGGAAGUGCUUCCGCCUGUACACAGAAAAGUCCUUCGAGCAGGACCUCCAGGAACAGACGUAUCCGGAGAUUCUGCGCUCGAACUUGGGGAGCGUGGUGUUGCAGCUGAAGAAGCUGGGCAUCGACGACCUGGUGCACUUCGACUUCAUGGACCCGCCAGCGCCAGAGACGCUGAUGCGCGCGCUGGAGAUGCUGAACUACCUCGGCGCGCUGGACGACGACGGGAACCUGACGUCGGUGGGGUCGGCGAUGGCGGAGUUCCCGCUCGACCCGCAGCUGUCGAAGAUGGUGGUGGCUUCGCCGCAGUUCGGGUGCUCGAACGAGGUCCUCACAAUUGCCGCGAUGCUGUCGGUGGCGAACGUGUUCGUGCGGCCGAAGGAGCAGGCGCGGGCGGCGGACGACGCCAAGGCGCGCUUCGCGCACGUGGACGGGGACCACUUGUCGAUGCUGAACGUGUUCCAUGCGUGGAAGCAGGCGCGCGAGGACAACGACUGGUGCUGGGAGAACUUCUUGAACGCCCGGAGCCUGCGGUCCGCGGACAACGUGCGCACGCAGCUGGCGCGCGUGUGCACGCGGAUGGGCGUCGAGCUGGUGUCGACGGACUUCAAGUCACCGCACUACUACACCAACAUCCGUAAGGCCAUUCUGGCGGGCUUCUUCAUGCAGGUGGCGCACCUGCAGAACACGGGCCACUACCUGACGGUAAAGGACAACCAAGUCGUCUACCUGCACCCCUCGUGCGUGCUCAACCGGAAGCCGGAGUGGGUCGUGUAUCACGAGUUCGUUCUCACGUCGAAGAACUACGUGCGCACGUGCACCGAAGCCAAGGCCGAGUGGCUCGUCGACAUCGCCCCACACUACUAUGACCUGAGCAACUUCCCGCCGGGGGCGGGCCGAAACGCCAUCGAGCGUGCCGUGAUGCGCCGCGAGUGGGAGGCGAAACGCGCAGCGAAGGCCGCCGCGAAGGACGCGCAGUGA